AUGGCAAGUUGUGCAGCGCGCUCGGAAACUUGGUUUACUGCAAAUCGGGUGAAGCUUAACGUGUGUAAGAGCGAACUUCUUUACACAUCGACUCCGAACCGAUCCAAGCUGAUUGAAAAACUACCUCUUCAGGUUGGAGAUUACUUGGUUCAACCUUCUCUAGUGGUGAAAAAUCUUGGAGUGAUUUUCUACAGCAAUUUGACCAUGAUCCCGCAUAUCAACAGCGUGUGCAAGUCAGCAUUUUUUCACAUUCGCACACUGGGAAAAAUCCGGAAAUACCUGUCACCACAUGCGGCAAAAAUCUUGGUUCAAGCCAUGGUUCUAUCCCGACUGGAAUACGCCAACUCGCUGUUCGCUGGUCUUCCAAAGGAACAGAUCCUGAGACUGCAGAGAGUCCAAAACGCUGCUGCCAGAUUGAUUGUCGGAGCGAGGAGGUUUGAUCCUGUUUCCAACCAUCUCAAAACCGUGCGUUGGCUGCCAGUCAACGAGCGCAUCAGCUUUAAGUGUCUGGUAUUGGCCUUAAAGUGUCUGCAUGGAUAUGCCCCUCCAUAUUUGUCAUCCCUGAUUAAGCGUUACAACCCACCACGAACCCUCAGAUCGUCGUUUUCUAGUGAUCUAGCUGUUCCACCAGGAAAACCUGGGCUCUAUGGCUCGCGCACAUUCUCAAGAAUGGGUCCGAGGCUGUGGAACGACCUGCCGGAUAAAAUCAAGAAAAUGACGGAGCUGAAGAAUUUUAAAACUCUGUUGAAAUCCUAUUUGUUCACAAAAGUGGCAAGAAAUGUUGAAGUGCUGAAAUUUAGCAACGAACAGAAUAUCGAUUUGGUUGAUACCUUGGUUCAAAAUGAAGCCAUGUCAAUUGACGACGUUAAUUACGACUCACGUGCAUUGAACGUCACCACUUACGAAGAAUCAAAUAUUUGGGAUGAGUGGGAACCCGAUGUUCAGUUUAAACUGGGCAUUAGAAUACUACGAUGA